UUUUUACAAUCAGUGCGUCAGUUCUUUGACGGAAUUAAAAGAAUGUAGAAAACUCAAAUUCUAGAGCCUAGCCAUAUGCCCUUAUGAUAUUGAAGAAAGAACAAAUUUUUCUUGAGCAGAACAUAAACAUGAGUUCUUCUUAUAAUAGUUUUUCUCUUUCGAUUCUCUUCUUUUUGCUACUUUUUGUUAUUCUAGAUUCGGCUAAUCUGACAGUUUCUUCAUGUCAAUCCGAGUGUGGAGGAAUCGAGAUCCCGUACCCUUUUGGAAUCGGAAAGGGUUGUUAUAUGGAGAAGUGGUACGAAAUUACAUGUAAUGCCUCCUCUACUUCAGGAAAGCUCGUCCCUUUUCUUUCCGUAAUCAACAAGGAAGUUGUGAAUAUCUCUCUUCCGACUCGGUUUAGGUAUGGGUCAAUUCACAUAAAAAACCCAAUAACUUCAAAGGGAUGCUCAAGCAACGGAGAAGUGCUAACUGGAUCACUUUUGAAUUUGACGGAUACCCCUUUUUACGUUAGCAAGGGAAAUACACUGAUAGCGGUUGGUUGCGACAACAAGGCAUCGUUGACAAAUGUCGAGCCAAGCAUAGUGGGAUGCAAAUCAAGCUGCGGCAAAAAUUACCAUACGCAUACCCCUACUAAAGAUUAUCUUGCAGCAGUCACAUGUAAUACCAAGUAUGGCUACAAUGACAGGUAUUGUAAUGAAAGCAGCACUAUGGAUGAAAAAAGUUGCAACGGUGNUUUCUUUCCCAGCACUAUGGAUGAAAAAAGUUGCAACGGUGUUAAAUGCUGCAAGGCAAACAUGCCUGAUAUGAUUCAACAAACUGUUGGUGUCACCAUCGAAAACACCACGGCAACGGGAGGAUGCAAAAUUGCCUUCUUGACAAACAAGGCACAUUAUUUGUCUAGUGAAUCUGAUCCGCAAAUGCUUCAUGCUAGAGGAUACAGUACAGUUGAGCUAGGAUGGUUUAUCCAUACGGCGAAUCAUUCUUUUACGAAGUCUCUGGGAUGCUAUGAUGUAAAAGAGUACAAAAAAGAGUACGAAAGUAAUAAUGGGAGGGCUCCCGAUACAAGUUGUCUAUGCGACUACAAUGCUUAUCUAAGCUAUGCAAGAUGCUCAUGCAGAUUUGGUUUCCAAGGCAACCCAUACCUUUUGGACGGAUGCAAAGAUUUUAAUGAAUGCCAAGUACCAUUAUCUGAUGGAACUUCAACUUUCUGUGGCCCACGCGCUUCUUGUGUCAAUUUGCACGGAAGCUAUGACUGUGUGUACACAAAUCAUCGGCCACUUGCUAUAGGACUUGGGGCUAGUUUUGGCUCAUUAAUCUUAGUUGGUGGAAUAUACUUGUUAUACAAGUUUAUUAAAAAGCAAAGAGAGUUACACAAAAAGAAGAAGUUCUUCAAGCGUAAUGGGGGUCUAUUGUUGCAACAACAAUUGACUUCCGCAGAAGGCACCGUCGAGACGACAAAAGUGUUCGGUUCGAAGGAUUUGGAGAAAGCUACUGAAAACUUCAGUUCAGAUAGAAUACUUGGUCAGGGUGGUCAAGGUACUGUAUACAAGGGAAUGCUUGUCGAUGGAAGGAUUGUAGCAGUAAAAAAAUCCAAAGUGGUGGAUGAAGACAAGCUAGAAGAGUUCAUCAAUGAGGUUGUCAUUCUUUCACAGAUCAACCAUAGGAACAUCGUGAAACUCUUGGGAUGUUGCCUUGAGACACAUGUCCCACUUCUCGUCUACGAAUUUGUUCCUAAGGGUAACCUUUUCGAACAUCUUCAUGACGAGUUUGAUGAUAACACGAUGGCUACUUGGAAAGUGCGUCUCCGCAUGGCUAUAGAUAUCGCUAGUGCUCUCUCAUACUUGCACUCGUAUGCAUCUUCUCCAGUUUAUCACAGAGACGUCAAGUCCACAAACAUAAUGUUGGAUGAAAAAUAUCGAGCCAAGGUAUCUGAUUUUGGAACUUCAAGAUCGGUAACAGUGGAUCAUACCCACUUGACAACAGUAGUUUCGGGUACUGUGGGAUAUAUGGAUCCAGAGUACUUUCAGUCUAGCCAAUUCACAGACAAAAGUGAUGUCUACAGCUUUGGGGUUGUGCUAGCCGAGUUGAUAACCGGAGAAAAGUCCAUUUCUUUUUUGCGGUCUCAAGAAAACAGGACAUUGGCAACUUAUUUUAUUCAAGCGGUGAAAGAAAACAAACUCUUCGACAUCAUUGAUGCUCGAAUAAGAGAUGAUUGCAUGUUGAGUCAAGUGACUGCAGCGGCGAAAGUUGCGAGGAAGUGUCUCAAUCUGAAAGGGAGGAAACGACCAAGCAUGAGAGAAGUGUCAAUGGAGCUUGAUAAUAUUCGUAUGUCUUCCGGAGAUAUGCAACCGCAAGAGCAUAUCAGCGAGAACGAGGAAGAGGAAGAAGAAAACAAAGGAGUUGUGGAAGAUAUCAUAAGUGUAGAAUCAAGGAACAAUGUUGUAGUUACCGCUCCAGCUUCUCAAUACAAUGUUGUUACUGGGUCGUCUUCGUCGUGGUCAGAUGUUGAACCAUUGUUUCCUCUCCAAACACGGUAAAACUUCAACUUUGAAUACUUGCUUGAGUGUACAAUAAAUAUUUCUAUUAUGAUCGUUAAGUGUGUCUGUGUGUAAAAACUAUGUGUGUAUUGUGUAAUAACGAAUGUUCGUAUCCAUUUCCCAACAGAAAUAAAAUAAUUCAAAUACAUAAUUUUAUAUUUUAUA